GUGAACCUUAUUUUUAUAGCCUUUCUUUCUCUUUUUUCUGUCUCUUUCUUCUUUACAAUUCAUUGAUAAAUUCACUUGUUAGGUUUAUUUACCUUUCACUAGUUUAACGCUUUUAUCUUUUUUAAACUCUCUACUACUCUUCCUCUCUCUCUCUCUCUGUCUCCGCGUUUGAUGCAAAUGGCUGAAUCUGACGACUACUUGCUCAUGUCCUCUUCGGAUAUGUUUGGAAAGGAUCAUCUUCUCUCAAACUUUUUGCAAGAUCCUUCUCUUUCGCCGGUUGUCGAAACCAGUUUCCCUUCGCCUGCCUCAUCCACGGAUUCUCUGGAUAGUCCUGAUGGAAGUGAUCGUACCUUUUCUAUUGAUCCUGCUGUACUUCAGAACUUGCCCCUUUCUGUUUUACAAUCACUUGCUGCCAUGUACCAACAACCUAAUUCAACCGAAAAUUUUGAUCAAUUUGUCAAGUUUGAAGAAGAUAAAUCAACACAUGAGCCAUCUACUGUUUCUCCUACGGCUUCUACUAGCACACCAGUUCCUGCUACGCAAACUCCUACCGCAAGCACUUCCUCUUCUUCCACUCCCAAGUCUAAAGGAAAAUCAUACCGUCCUCCACGUCAAUUGGAGUGUUUCAACUGCCAUGUUACUAAGACUCCUCUUUGGCGUAGGACUCCAGACAGAGCACAUUCUCUCUGUAAUGCCUGUGGCCUCUAUUACAAACAGUAUGGUACGCACCGUCCCCUUCAUGUGCGUCAGAAACAGCAAAGUCCUACAAACAAAGAACAACCUGCUCCUUCUAAUGAUGUCUCUUAUGCCGUUGAAGCUGCUGCUCACUUACUCCGUCCUCUUCUUAAUCAAAACACAGCUCAAGAGAAAUGCCUCAAGUGUGACCAAGUGAAGACUUCUCUUCAGAAAGGAUCCAAUGAUGAAUUGGUAUGUGAGACAUGUAUUCAAAACGAAUUGACUACUGUUGGUGAAAAACGUCGCUGCUCAGAAGAAAUAGAAGGUCAAAGACCCAACAAGAUGCCUAUGUCGGAAACACCGGCCUUAUUUCCUGCAACUACACAUGCUGUACCACAAUCACCACCACAAAGUAUCAUGCAGUCUAAAGAAUGGGCCGAAAUUGAUGAUACUCGCUUCAAGACAUUGCUCAGUCGUAUGAAUACACAGCAGAUGCAUGGGUUCUUGGGUAUGCUCGAACGUCGAUGUGCUAUCUUACGUUCUAUUCUUCUUCCUCAACAGGAAUAAUCCUUUUUUUGCAUCUCUAUCUUUUUUUUGUAAAUUUUGAUUCCUUGUUUAUUUGGCUUUCUUUUCAACAAAAGAAGCUUUGUAUAUGUUCAACACAUACAUAGAGUAUUAUAAACUAAUCUCUAUGCUAUUUAUUUAUAUAUUUCUACACUUUCAAAAAAUAUCUGUUAAUUUAUUUCUUUAAUAUCAUUUUAUACCGUUCAACACUUCAAUAAAAACAUUUGUCAUUUUUUCUAUCUGAUUCAUUAGUAAUAUCUUCCGAUAAAUUUCUCACGAUAAGAGGACCAUUUUAUUUUUCGUGUUCAGGAACCAUUUGACUUAUUGAUACGACCUCCCAUGACUCAUUACUUGAUUAGCAAACACAGCUUUACGUCAAGUAUAGUUUGAUUUAUUUUUACGUAUGAUUUCAUAAAAUAAUAAUCUCACUGAGCU